GCAACGCAGAUUUGCGAAAAUUUUAAAAAUCAAAAAUGCUCCCGCCCAAAACCUCACUCCUCACCUUCUCCUUUGUCUUCCACCUUUGAUUCCUCCACCUUUCAUCUGUUCCUGCUUUGUUCAAAUCCAGUUCUUCCAUCUCUCCACCAAACAUCACUCAAAAUUCAUACAUAUUUCCACAUCUACAUUUUAUUAAAUUAUACAUUUCAGUCAGUGUGUGUGUGUGUGUGUGUGUGUGUGUGUGUGUACACUUAUAUUUCUGUCAAUCGUACUGAUGUCAUCCUCGUCGAUUCGCCGGAUAAAGGAGCGAGGCGGCGCCGGCGGCAAGGUCACAGCUUUGAGAACCUCCAAAAACGUAACCCCAGUCUCCAGCAAGGGCGGCGGCGAUGUCUUCAAGAAGUCUGUUGGGAAGGAAAACCCUAGAGCCGCUUCUGGGAUUUUGUCCGCGUCGCAGAAGCCGGCGGUUCGGGCGAUGCCGCGAAUCGAAAAGCCUGUGCCUGCAGCGUGUGCUGAUGCAGAGUCACGGCUUCGGCGGUCGACGUUGUCGGUACCGAGAGGUAGGAGUUCUAGUCCCUCCGAGUUUACUAGGGCUUUAUCUGAUCUGAGGAAGCGGAGGGCUCCUAGGGUUUCCGGGGAACGGUUGGAGAAGGCUUUGGUUUGUGAAAAUGGCCAUUUGGGGUCGAGUGGCGGAAAGGGUUUGAAUGGGGUUAGGGUUUUGGAGAAAGUUCAGCAAAAGAAAGCUUCCAAGGAUGCAAAUGCAAAGGUAAAUGAAGGGGCUUUGAAUGGGAUUGGGAUUUUUAGAGAUUGCAAUGAGUCAGCUGGUUUUGCUGUGAGUUCGGAGAAAAAUGUUAGAGAUCGUAGGGUUUCUGAAUUUGGAUCGAAAUCAGAAGGUGAAAAGGGGGUGAAGGAUGUUGGGGUAAAAGGUGGUUGUAAGGAAGAAGUUAAAUUAAGUGUGGAUUUGGGAGACGUGGGCGAAGUUAGUGCUAAUGGUGGUGUGCAGGGCUACGAGGAAGGGGAUAAUUUGGAUUCUAAUGUUGAAGUUGGGAAACUUGUCGAAGGCAAUGAGGAAUGUAAGGAAGAAUCUUGUCUCGUUUCAAAGUCAGUAAGUGCAGUUGGGAAGGUUGCAAAUGGUGGUGAUUUGGGUUCUAAAGUGUUUGGUGAGAGUUCACUGGAUAAGUUGAAAACUAUGGAAGGCUUGAAAGAGAAGGGGGUGAAUGGAGGCUCAGGUGUUCGAGUUGGUAACAAAUACCCGAGCAAGCUCCAUGAGAAGCUUGCUUUCUUAGAAGGGAAGGUUAAGAGAAUUGCAUCUGACAUCAAGCGAACAAAGGAGAUGUUGGAUAUGAACAACCCAGAUGCAUCAAAGGCAGUGCUUUCGGAUAUUCAGGAUAAGAUUUCAGGAAUUGAGAAGGCAAUGGGUCAUGUCAUGAGCAAUCCUGAUGGUAAUGUGGAUUCAGUGAAAAAUAUUGAAAAUAAUGAUGAGCAGGCAAAAAUGAUUGAGAGAAGUCAAACUAAGCAAGCGGAGGAUGUGAAAAAUUCAGUUAAAGGACUGAACAGUGAGGAAUUGGAAGCAAGACUCUUUCCUCAUCAUAAGUUACUUAAGAACCGGGCAUCAAUGAACACAUCAUUGGCUUUGUCUCAAAAUCAUAAAUCUCUUUCUUUAGUACCUGAUUGUGAAACAAAAGUGGAGGAAAAGUCAUUGAGUUCUAUUGAUGAGAUUCCUAUUGCGAUGGAGUUCUUGGCUUCUCUAAAUAAGGAACAAUCUAAGGUUUUGGAUUACAGUGAGGUUCAUGAAAUGGAUGGGGCCACAGCAUCAGAGGUACAGCAUUCUUCAGAUGUACUUGAUGUAAAAUAUAAUGCUGAGAUUGUUUUGACAACUGAUGAAAAAAUUGAUGAAUUUGACGAUCAAGAGAACAGACAGGCAGUGCUUAUUGAUAAUGGAACAGAAGAUACAUGCAGUUAUCAGCUGAAUGAAAUUGGUCGCAAGACCUCAACAGGAGGAUGGUUUGUGUCAGAGGGCGAGUCGGUUCUUCUUGCCCAUGAUGAUGGUUCUUGUUCCUUUUAUGAUAUUGCUAAUUGUGAGGAGAAAGCUGAAUACAAGCCUCCACCUGGAAUCUCACCUAAUGUAUGGAGGGACUGUUGGAUAAUCCGUGCCCCUGGCGCAGAUGGUUGCUCUGGGAGAUAUGUUGUUGCUGCAUCUGCUGGAAAUACUAUGGAUUCAGGUUUUUGCUCGUGGGAUUUCUAUACCAAAGAUGUGCGAGCUUUCCAUAUUGAGGAUGGAACAACAGCCUUGAGGACAGUUCUUAGUCCCUUACCCAACAGCACUGUGUAUAGAAGAAAUCCUUUAUCUACCAUGUUGCCUGCUGAAAAUCAACAGUGGUGGUAUAAACCAUGUGGACCGCUAAUUAUAUCAGCUGCCAGCUCUCAGAAAGUCGCCAGAAUAUAUGAUAUUCGUGAUGGAGAGCAAAUUAUGAAAUGGGAGGUACAAAAGCCUGUCCUAACAAUGGAUUAUUCGAGUCCUUUGCAAUGGAGAAACAGAGGGAAAGUGGUUAUAGCAGAGGCAGAGGCCAUUACUCUAUGUGAUGUGAGCUCGCUCAAUCCUCAAGCAUUACUAUCCAUUCCCUCAUUUGGUAGAAAAGUAUCUGCUCUCCAUGUGAAUAACACUGAUGCUGAAUUAGGUGGAGGGGUUCGGCAAAGAGUAAGUUCGUUGGAAGCAGAGGGAAAUGAUGGCGUGUUCUGCACCCCCGAUUCCAUCAAUAUCAUGGACUUCCGCCACCCGUCUGGUGUUGGCCUCAAAAUACCCAAACUUGGUGUCAAUGCACAAUCUGUUUUCUCUCGAGGUGAUUCUAUUUUCCUUGGUUGUGCAAAUUUAAGGUCUGGAGGAAAGAAACAGCUGGGCUCACAGGUUCAGCAGUUUUCAUUGCGAAAGCAACGGCUGGUCAGUGCCUACACUUUGCCAGAAUCUAAUGCUCACUCCCAUUACACGGCCAUAACACAGGUUUGGGGAAAUUCAAACCUUGUCAUGGGCAUUUGUGGUUUGGGGCUGUUCGUCUUUGAUGCUUUGAAGGAUGAUGGGUUGCAGCCUCUCACCAUUGAUUAUGGUAACAUCCAAAAAGUCAGAGAAAUUAUUGGCCCAGAUGAUUUGUAUUCUCCUUCUUUCGAUUACUCAUCAUCUCGUGUCCUCCUUAUAUCAAGAGAUCGACCAGCACUGUGGAGGUACUUAUCAUAGCUGUUAUAUAUAUUGGAGGGCUGCUAGCAUCAUCCAUCCAAAGGACUAUUACUGUAACAUUAAGCUCUUGUUUAUGUUCUAUUACUGUCACAUGUUAUGUAUGACAUUAAAUUAUUUUUGCUUUUUAUCAGUAGAUCAGUUAAUAUGAUUAAAUAUUUAAAUGCAA